AUGAACUGGUUGGAGUUCAACCAUGUUUAUAUCAAAUGUUUUGCCAAGACCGUGAUGUUUCCAGAGUUGAGAGGAAAUGGAGAGUUGAUGUUUGUAUCUGCUAAGCAAGUAGAGGAAUUCGUAAAGAAGGAGGCGCAUGUGUUCGCUAUGUUUGCUUCUUUGGAAAUCGAUAUUAAAGUUGCGAUGGGAGAGCUUUCGGUUGUGUGUGAUUUUCCCGAACUAUUUCCUGACUAUAUCAGUGAUUUGCCGCCAGAGUGCGAGGUGGGGUUUGCUAUAGAAUUAGUAUCUGGUAAUAGUCGUGUGUCGAUGACUCCUUAUAAAAUCUCUACUUCAGAGUUGAGUGAACUAAAGAAGCAAUUGGAAGAUCUGCUUGAGAAGAAAUUUGUUCGAUCGAGUGUUUCACCGUGGGAGCGCCAAUUUUGUUUGUGA